AUGAGGGAAAACAACAUAUACAUCAACAACAUCCACCUGACACGAAGGGGGGGGGGAAAUAACAGCAACGGAAUCCGCUUCUCCAUCACAGACGUCUCCCCGCCCACCGCGCGGCUCAUGCCCACAGUGUUCCAAGACCGCGCCGGCAUCUCCCUCUACGACGCGCAAUUCUCCACGCAGAACGGGCAGAACACCCGCGGCCCAAUCCCCGCUUCCACCAUCGAGGAAGUCGUGCAGGCUCUGGAGCGGUUCCAGGUCACAUGCGACGACUUCGGCGUGCCUGCGGGCAACGUCUACGUUCUCGCGACGGAGGCGACGCGCACGGCGCCGAACUCGGCGGAGCUGCGCGCGUGUAUUCAGGCGCGCACGGGCUGGGAGGUCCGUAUGCUCUCGAAAGAGGAAGAGGGGCGGAUUGGGGCGCUGGGGAUCGCGAGUAGUGGGCAUGCUCUGGCGGGACUGGCGAUGGAUCUAGGCGGCGGAAGUACGCAGAUUACAUGGGUGGUGGAGGAUGCAGGGAUGGUGAGGACGAGUCCGCGAGGCUCGUUCAGUUUUCCGUACGGGGCGGCUGCGUUGGCGAUGCGGUUGGGGGAGGCGAGCGGGAAGGGAGGGAAGGGGAAGGGGAAGAUGGAGGCGGAGUUGAGGGAGGAGAUGAGGAGGAAUUUCCGCAAUGCGUAUCGGGACCUGGAGAUUCCCGUGAGUCUGUUGGAGGCGGCGGAGCGUAAGGGGAGGUUUGAUUUGUAUCUGUGUGGUGGUGGGUUUAGGGGCUGGGGGUAUAUGCUCAUGAGCCAGUCCAAGGUCAACCCGUACCCGAUCCCUAUCAUCAAUGGCUACAGGGCGAGCCAAAAAGACUUUCACGAUACGGCGGCCGUCCUGGAAACAGCCUCCGAGUCUGAUGUCAAGGUGUUUGGCGUGUCGAAGCGGCGGGUAUCACAGAUCCCUGCGGUGGCUCUGUUGGUCGACGUGAUCAUGGACGCUUUACCUGCCAUCACGCAUAUUCAAUUCUGCCAGGGAGGUGUACGCGAGGGGUUUCUGUUCGAUCGACUACCACAGGAGAUACGUGCCGAGCACCCUCUUCUAGCUGCGACCUCGCCCUACGCUCCUCCAUCUGCAGAUGCGAUCAGAGGGCUCCUCCAAUCAGCACUGCCCACAUCACCUUCCCCCAGGACAUCUUUGCAGCCACCGGAAUCUUUCAACAAUUAUCUGCUAGGCGCUCUUGCAAACCUGCUCUACGCACAUUCCCAUGUGUACCGCGCCUCUCAAUCGGCCGCAGCACUGCACUGCACCACGACGGGAAUCCUGUCUUCAACGAACUGCCUUACGCACGUCGACCGCGCGCUCCUUGCGCUGAUUCUCUGCGAGCGAUGGGCUGGGGAUCUCCCGCCGUCCGAUCAAGCAUACUAUCGCCAGCUCAGCCGAUGCGUGUCGGCUCAGGAAAGAUGGUGGUGCCAGUACCUGGGUCGAAUUGCUACGUUGAUCGGGGCCGUGUAUCCUGCAGGCCGGAUACCGGAGGCAUGCUGGAGGAUUCGCUUCGAGACUACAUGGACAUCUGUCUCAAAGAAGAAGGGAACGCAUGAUAUAUUGCAUGUCCGAGUGAAGUGCAACGAAGAAGAUCGAACCACAUCUGCCAUGCAGGCCAUGGUGCGAGACCAAACGGAGGACAUUGAGAAGCUUGGGAAGAAGAAAAAUUGGAUCGAGGAAUAUGGAGUGCGAGUGGGGUUUGACAUCUGCUAG